AUGGCAGACAUGAAAAAACGGCAACAGUUCAUAUUAGAAAAAAGCUCUCUCGAUUCCGGUAGAAAGAAAAAACACGUUGCCAGUGAAUUCGGAAUUUCGCUAUCGACACUGUCAACUUUCUUGAAAGACCGAGCAAAAAUAGAAGAAAAAUCUCGGGUUGCAAACCUUGGGCCUCAGCGCAAACAUAUGCAACUUGAAAAAGCAGUUUUUAUGUGGUUCAGUGAUGCCUGUUUAAGAAACAUUCCCAUUAGUGGGCCACUCAUUAAGAAAAAAGCAAAAUCACUGUCUAUCUUCAUGGGCCACGAAAAUUUUACUGCCAGCUGGGGUUGGCUAAUUCGCUUUCAGGAUCGUUUUGGAAUUGCAGCCAAAGCAAUCUGUGGAGAAGAACCUGCAGUUCCAAUUGAGAAAGCAAGCAAAUGGAUUGCAGGUGAAAUCAUGAAAAUCACUUCAGCUUAUGAGCCUGAAGACAUCUACAAUGUUGAUGAGAUUGGAAUCUUCUACCACCUGCUACCGCAUCGCACUUUAGCACUCAAAGGUGAUUCAUGCCGAGGAGGAAAAAAAUCUAAACAAAGGUUGACAGCUCUACAGUACUUUGCUUCAUCUGGCAGCCACAAAGGUAUUCCUCUCAUCAUUGGCAAGUCGACCAAUCCUGGGUGUUUUAAGCAUGUUACAUUCCUUCCCAGCAAGUAUAAAGCAAACAAGCGAGCUUGGAUGACUCAAGACAUUUUGGGAAACAGGCUAGUUCAGAAACCUUGCAAUGUGAAGAAAAAGAUAAGGAAGAUUCUACUUCUAAUUGAUAACUGUGCUUACCACAGCAUGCUUCCACAUUUAGAUAAUGUUCGCAUUGCGUUCCUCCCACCCAAUUUCACGGCAGUGCUUCAGCCAUUGGAUUUGGGCACCAUUUGCACCCUGAAAGCAUAUUAUCACAAGGAAAUGCUGAGAAAAAUUCUCGUCAGCAUAACUUGUAGACAGGAGGAGAUGAAAAUUAACGUGAAAGAAGCUAUUGAAAUGAUUGCAAACGCCUGGACGCAAGUUAAAGAAGGCAGUUAA